AUGCUCUCUACACCGGUUGGUGCUCAGAGCAAUGGAACAGCAACUAUUUCCUAUGCUUUGCCUGCGGGCUACACAACCGCAAGUUUCAACGCCUCUGCACAACCUACUGCCUAUAACCGCACCGAUUUCUCGCCCAAUGCCCUCGCAAGUCUCUGGGAUAUGGUAGGGCCAAUUGUGACAGGCCCCAUCACCACCACCGUCACACCAACUCCAGAGCCAACGGCAUACCCACAGCCAGAUCCCCAAUACUAUCAUGCUUUGGUGGGUAGUGGAUACCCAGAAGCACAGGGCUUGAAACUUCCCGAGAACUUUCAAUGGGGGUUCAGCUCCUCCGCAUAUCAGAUUGAAGGUGCGGCUAAGGAUGAGGGCAAAGGACCCAGUAUCUGGGAUCUGUUGGCACACAGAGUCCCAAAUUUUGUGGCCGACAAUACGACUGGCGAUGUCGUUGAUCAGCACUACUAUCUAUACAAACAAGACUUUGCUAGAUUAGCAAGUCUAGGAGUUAAAGCUUUCAGUCCGAGUUUCUCUUGGCCGCGAUUCUUCCCGUUCGGCCACGGUCCAGUCAACGAAGAAGCCAUUGCGCACUACGAUGACGUGAUUGCUACUAUGCAUGAAAAUGGCAUUCACCCCGCUGUUACAUUGUUCCAUUGGGAUACCCCACUCGCCAUAUUCAAUGAAUACGGUGCUUGGACCGACCGUCGGGUUGUCGAUGACUUCUUCAACUAUGCCAAGUUUGUCAUCACACGAUACGACGCCUACGUCGAUGAGUGGUUCACGAUCAACGAGCCUCAGUACUGUAACUGGCAAUAUGCAGGUUACCCAGCAGGCGAAUAUUACCCUGCACCGAAUGGCGUCACUGGUGGCAAUGAAGCCCGCUUCCUGUGUGGUCAUCACACUCUGCUCGCGCACGCGAAGGUAUCCAAGUGGUAUCACGAAGAGUUCAAAGGUCGGGGCCGCAUCACCUUUAAGAACAGUGGAAACUAUUAUGAAGCCAACAGCACGAAGCCAGAAGACGAGGUCGCACGCCAACGAAACUUUGACUUUAGCAUUGGCUGGUUUGGCGGACCAUGGACAGAUGGUGACUAUCCACAGUCACUUAAAGACACACUUGGCGACCUAUUACCAGAGUUCACACAAGAGGAGAAGGACAUGAUCAAAGGAUCGUGCGACUUCUACGCCAUUGACCCUUACUCGAGUUUCCUGGCUUUUGAGGUCGACGGCGGGCUGGAGUCGUGCACAAGCAACCGCUCACACCCGGCCUUCCCUGAUUGUGCUGGCUCAGCAAGUGUGGCCCCGAACGGCUUCCCCAUCGGUCCUGCCGCUGACCCAGCCAUGUCUUGGUUCUACUCGGCACCUGCAGGCGUCCGUCGGUAUCUAAAGCAUAUCACUCAGGUUCUCUUCCCUUCGAUUCCGGAUAUUGUUGUCAGCGAAUUUGGUUUCGCGGAGCCUUUUGAGGGGCAAUGGUCAAACCUGAACUCGGCGCUCUGGGAUCUGAAGAGGGCAGACUACUUCCAGCAAUAUCUAGACAGCAUCCUGCUGUCGAUACAUGAGGACGGUGUCAACGUGACAGGAGCAUGGGGGUGGUCGAUUUUGGAUAAUUUUGAGUGGGCGCUUGGUACGUCGGUUAGGUUCGGAGUGCAGUACGUGAACUACACGAUGAUUUACACCGUGUUGGGUGACCUAUUACACAUCGCGGCUGCCACUUGGCACAUGAGCUUGACGCAUCCGGCACAGCGCUGCCACCAACCCAUACCCGCGUCAUCUGCGGGUAACCAGACCCAGCCCGCGCCCUCCACUCGAUCCUCGUACCAAGCCAACGCCACCACUAUCCCGUCCGAACACACUACAGCCGGGAAGCGCAGGCACAGCUUCUCUGGUAGCGACGAAGCCGAAGAAGAGCCUCUGACAAGCGGACCCAGAGGCAGCUUAUCCCGUCACAUCUCGAAGCGCAGGCGCAGACAAGACGGGAAGAUGCGCCUGGAUAACGACCACUCCAAAUCAUCACAAUCACCAUCGCGCAACUUUGCAAACGGAUCAUCGCAGGCAUCGGGGCCCAGGUCUCCCCUGGCCAAGGGUACGAAUGGAAGUACGCAUAGCAGAAACGAGAGCAAUGGCUCGUACACGAAUGGAGGGCCGGUAGCAAACGGGGGAACGGUACCUGCCACUUUCUUCGGCCAUGACAGGGAAGAAGUGACGCGGAUACUGAUACAGAGCCUCACCGACUUGGGCUAUCACAGUGCUGCGGGCGCAUUGUGCAAGGAGAGCGGCUUCCAGCUCGAAGGGCCGACGGUUGCGGCAUUUCGAACCUCGGUGCUGAACGGCGAUUGGGAAGAAGCCGAGGAGCUACUGUUCGGGUCAAGUACAUUUGAUUCUGGGGGAGGAGUUGGUCUGGACCCGCCUUACGGAAAGCCAUGGGGCAAAUCAAGAUCACGCCCAAAUUCGCAGCGUUCUGCAGGCUUGACCCUAGCUGAGGGCGCAAAUCGCGAAGUCAUGCUGUUCUGUUUGAAGCAGCAAAAGUAUCUCGAGUUACUUGAGCGGAGAGACCUAAGCAAAGCGCUUGCGGUACUUCGACAAGAGCUGACACCGCUUCAUCAAGAUGUAGGGAGGUUACAUGCGCUUUCAGCACUUAUGAUGUGCCAGUCUGCCGAGGACCUCAGGAACCAGGCUCAAUGGGACGGCGCUCGUGGCGACUCGCGAAUGCAUCUGCUCUCUGAUCUCUCAAGAUCAAUAUCACCCAGUAUUAUGAUUCCCGAACACCGGUUAUCUGUUCUGUUAGACGAGGUAAAGGACAGCUGGAUUGCAAACUGUCUCUAUCACAACACGGCCGCGUCACCUUCUCUCUACCUGGACCAUAACUGCGAAAGAGACGAUUUCCCAACGAAGGCUGUGCUUGACUUGAGGCACCACAAGGAUGAGGUGUGGUUUCUGCAGUACUCAAAUGACGGCACGAAACUCGCCUCAUCAAGCAAGGACAAGACAAUCAUCAUCUACGAAACCAAUACCUACAAGGUGCUACAUCAGCUCGACGAACACCAGGAAUCCGGCAUCGCAUACCUUGCCUGGAGUCCUGAUGACACAAAGAUUAUAACAUGCUGUUCGCAACCAGAGAACUCUGCACGGAUAUGGGACGUUAAAACUGGCAUGUGCAUACAAUGCAUCAGUGACUUUACCUACCCGUGCACUACAGCAGCUUGGGACCCUUCCGGUUCGCGGGUCAUCAUCGGAUCACAGGAUGACAGUAUGGGUUGUGGAGUCUGGGAUCUCGAUGGCCAACUCAAACACAACUUUUGCGAUGACGGAAAGCUCCGUGUGAACGACCUUGCAGUUUCCGCCGACGGACAGCGAUUAGUCGUCAUAACCGAAAGCUCUAUUGUCGUGUUCGACUUCGCAAGUUACGAAAAGAUUGCCGAGUUUCAGCUCGAUGAUACCAAGUUGACAAGCGUCACCAUCAGCCAGGAUUCGCGACAUAUGCUAGUCAGCAUGAGCCCCGAUCAGAUUAAGCUUAUGGAGAUUGACACCGGUGAUGUGAUACAACGCUUCGAGGCCCAUGUCCAGAAGCAGUUCAUCAUCCGAUCAGUAUUUGGUGGCGCUGACGAGAACUUUGUAGUUAGCGGCAGCGAAGAUUCGCGGAUAUACAUAUGGCGUUCCAACGGCCUUCUCAUUGAAGCUCUUGAUGCACAUCCCGGCUGCGUCAAUAGCGUAGCUUGGCACCCCAAGGAUCCCACGACAUUCGCCUCCGCUGGUGAUGAUCAUCGAGUAAAGAUCUGGAAACCAGCUUCAGCGUCCCCCAUGCCAUCAGGCAGUGGCUCAAGCAACGGUUACGGAAGGUAG